AUGCCCCCGCCCACCGCCCUCUCCUAUCUCCGCACCCUCACCCCAACGCGCCUCCAAACAACCUACCAUUGGCACAAAAUGACCUCCACCGCGCCCCCAACCCGCCCGAUAAAACUCCUCAUGCUGCACGGCUACACGCAAUCCGGCGCGCUCUUCCAAGCCAAAACCGGCGCGCUGCGCAAGACGCUUGCAAAAGCCUUCCCCGCGGGCUGCGAGCUCGUGUAUCCCACGGCGCCGAUCCGGCUCUCGCCCGCCGACGAGACGUUUCUCGCCGCGCAGGAGGAGAAGGGCGAGGAAGUCGAUGCGUGGGCGUGGUGGCGCCGCAAGGGCACGGGGGAGCCGUAUGUAUACGAGGGCCUUGAACUCGGGCUCGGCAGGAUCGCGGACACGUUGAAGAGCGAGGGCCCGUUCGAUGGGGUCGUGGGGUUUAGCCAGGGUGGGGCGUGUGCGGCCAUGGUUGCGAGUUUGCUGGAGGAGGGGAGGAGGGAGGCGUUCGCGGCCAAACAGGUAGAAGGCGGUAUGGCAUAUCCUGAGAGUUUCGAGGAGGAUGGGGAGGUGAUUCAUCCGCCGUUGAAGUUUGCGGUGAGUUAUUCGGGCUUUGCGGCAAGGGGGAUGAAUCCGUAUCAUGCGUUCUAUGAGCCGAAGAUUAGGACGAAGGUGUUGCACUUUUUGGGCACGCAGGAUGUGGUGGUUGAGGAGGCGAGGAGUUUGGCGCUUGUCGAGGCGUGUGAGAAUAGGGAGGAUAAGUAUGUUGUGUAUCAUCCCGGUGGGCACUUUCUGCCGAGCACGCAGAAGGCGAGCGUGAAUGCGCUGAUCGGUUUCAUCAAGGAGGUGAUGCACGGGGAAGAAGGAGGUAAGAAGGAAGAGGAGAGCGUGGAGGAUAUGGACGUUCCAUUCUAA